ACCGCCACCUGUUCAAGGACAAGGUGGUGCUGGACGUGGGCAGCGGCACCGGCAUCCUCUGCAUGUUCGCUGCCAAGGCGGGGGCCAGGAGGGUCAUCGGGAUCGAGUGCUCGAGCAUUUCCGACUACGCCGUCAAGAUCGUCAAGGCCAACAAACUGGACCACGUGGUUUCCAUCAUCAAGGGCAAGGUGGAGGAGGUGGAGCUGCCGGUGGAGAAGGUGGACAUCAUCAUCAGCGAGUGGAUGGGAUAUUGUCUGUUCUACGAGUCCAUGCUCAACACCGUCAUCUACGCCCGUGACAAGUGGCUGACCCCGGACGGGCUGAUCUUCCCCGACCGCGCCACGCUCUACGUGACGGCCAUCGAGGA